AUGGUGGACAACUACCCGUUGGAGCUCGUCUCUGAUUUCUUCAAAGUCAUCCUCGGCAAUUUUUUCAGGAGUGGCCAACCCGACCGUGCGCAUCUACCCUUCCUGCAGGCGACUGCAGGACACCCUCCUUGCGGGCAGAGACAUCAAGGAGGGGUGAACUGCCCCGCGCCGCCGUUCGGCGCCGCCAAGGAGAUUGGUGGUCAGAGGUUCGACGUGGUGGUCAUCGCUACCGAGGCGAACUGCGUGUCCAAGGUGCUUCCGCGGGAGUGGACCACCAUCUUCGACGAGUUUCAGUACCACCCGAGCCACAUCUUUGUCCACCGGGACCCUUCCUUGAUGCCAGAGCAGAAGUCCGAAUGA